ACGUCACACUCUUUAGUGAUUCCACAUUUCCACGCUACUGCACUUCUCCUCGGAAUUUCCAGACGGCUUCGCGUUUAUCUGCGCCGAUUCGACCGAAUCAUGUGGGUAGAGGUUAUCUGCGGAUUGGUGAUUUACCGUCUGCUCCGGCGGUUUUUUCACGAUGACGAUGACUUCGAAAUCGAAGCCACCGAUUCUGAUGCCAAAUUCUUGGUUGCAAGCAGGAUCGAGAAACUUUAUGGCGGGAAAGUGUACCUGGGACUUAGAAUUCCAGACGCCGAAACGGGUUCUCGACAAAAUGUCGAUAUGGUUCUUCUGACGAAAGGAGAGGCAGUGGUGGUUUCAGUCAAGAAUUUCUCCGGUUUUGUGGGAAUCGAUGAUGAUGGAAGCUGGGUUUGUACAAGCGAAAACAAACACAAGACAGAGAGGCAUCCUGAUCCCGUGCUUGAAACCAAACGACAAGUUACUGUUCUUGAAUCAUACCUGGAGCAAAGGGGAGUAACUUUGCCAGAAGGAUAUCUUUCUGUCAAGGUUGUACUCCCAAAUCGAAAUUGCAGGAUCAUUCAUUCAAAUGAUUUUCCAUCAGAGGUCAUUCCUUUUGACCAAUGGACACAGCUUAAACCAGAGCCGAAGGGUACAUUUUCUGGUUGGAUUAAGGAUGCUUUUCGUGGAGGAAAGAAGGAUAUGCAAGACGGACUCCAUCAAAAGGUUCAUUUUAUUCUCAGCACAGCUCCAAUGUGGGAUAGGUUGGAGCUUAAAAAUAAUAAACACCUUUUUGGAGAAUUUCUGGAAUUUAAAGGAAAGCAAGAUGAUAUCCAGGCUUUGAGAAAUAUCAAGAGAUCAAAAGUCAGUCAAUUGAUUAUCCAGAAGUUCUCUAUGCUUGGUUUAGCUCAUUCAAAACUUCAGGUAUUGUACUCCCCUCGCGAUUUUAGAAAUGACGGUGCUUCAGUGUCUGAGUGGAAGGAGGUAACAGUAAGAUCAAAUACCGAAGUUCUAUUUCAGCCGCAGAAUUCCAACAAGGUUCGGAAAUUCAAGCUUUCAUCAAUCAUUUCCAUGUCACUUAGUGCCUGAAGCAGAAGAAAAGUAGGAAGGAACCUCCACAGCACAGUAAAAGCCACUAUUACAUUACGCCAGGAGAUAAUCACGGAACUUCCUCUCGAUCCCAAUCCAAAGAACAUUAUGUACUGUCCAUCUAUCAAAAAAAAAAAAAAAACGAAGAACAGCAUUGUGUCUAGGUCUUAAUUUUAUAUUUUGCGAGUACACCGUGUAUGUAUAUAUUACGACAGAGUUCGAAGAGACACAUGUUUUAAAUGAAAUCUCCCUAGGUAGUUGAGUGCUCA